AUGCUGAUUCUGAAACAGGCAGAGACCAUUUCAGUGGAUGUCCAGCAGCAGCUGACUUUCCUGCUGUCCAGAUCUCCCAGUCUAGAGGAGCUCUCACUGGAGGCCAGUGGACUGAAACUGGACUUUGCAGUCAAAAUGGCAGCUGCUCUUCGAGAGCACACCUCAUCUACCCUGCAAUCCAUCAACCUCUCAGGCAAUCCAAUUGAAGACAAAGGUGUGAUAGCUCUCAGUCAGGAGCUGAAGAAUCUGGAUAAAGGACUCAAACAACUUUCUCUGUCUCGGGUAUCGAUGACUGCUAAAGGUCUUGGCCAUCUGAGUCAGGUGUUGUCUUCUAGCCAGCUGUUGGUAGCAUCUCUAACCCACCUUGACCUGUCUGGUAACCCUGGCAGCCUGGUGACUGAAGAGGCCAUGUUUCUCUUCAAGUUCUUGUCCAGUACAAACUCUCUUUCCCAUUUGGACCUCAGUGAUACCAACUGUCCGCUGGACACGUUAUUUGUGUCCCUGUCUGCUGGAUGUUGUUACAAACUGAUGCACCUGAACUUGGCCAGGAAUCCUUUCAGCCACAGAAAGGUGAGGGAGGUGACCCGGAGCAUUCAAGAGUUCUUCAGUCAGAGCUGUGAGCUGAAGUAUGUGGGCCUGUCUGCUACCAAGCUACCUCCACAAGCUCUCAGGUUAUUACUACAGGGUUUGGCGACCAACACUCGUCUCUUCGGGCUGGAGUUAGACCUCAGCAGCUGUGAGCUACAUUCAGCAGGAGCGCAGGUGAUACAGGAGCACAUCUCUGAAGCUACAGCUAUCAGAAGACUGGACAUCUCUGACAACAGUUUUGAGAAUGACAUGGUGACACUGAUUCUGUCUGUUGGUCGAUGCCAGUCUCUUCGACACCUUGCACUGGGGAGAAACUUUGCCAUGAAGUCCAGAGCUCUCACUGAUGUUCUUCAGCGUAUAGCGCAGCUCAUUCAGGAUGAAGAGUGUCCCUUGCAGUCUCUAUCGGUGUGUGACUCCAAGCUGAAGACAGGGAUGCACAUUCUUCUGAGCGCUCUGGGUGGCCAUGCUACUCUGGCUGAACUGGACAUCAGUGGAAACAACAUUGGAGACAAUGGAGCAAAAAUGCUGGCCAAAGCCCUGUUGAGUAACACCAGACUGAGGACCUUAACGUGGGACAGAAACAAUGUGUCUGCUAAAGGUUUCCAGGAUGUGGCAGAUGCUUUAGAGAGAAACUUCACUCUGCAGCAGGUGUUUAUGCCCCUGGCUGAUCUCACACAGAGUUACCGCAGCAACCCUGAUAAAACAAAAGAAGCUGUGAACAAGAUUCAGCAGUGUUUAGUCAGAAAUAACCAGAUGCAGUCUGAUGGCAUGGAUCUUCAACCUCAGGUGUCUAAGACUCAACAGUCUGAAAAGCUGAUCCAGGGUAUGUGUCGGCAAUUGGAAGACAGCCUUCAGCGUUUAAGCCAAUGUAACAUUCAGGAAGUCCAGGCUGACGUCCUGACUGCACAUGAGGCGCUUCAAAAUGCCAGGAAUUCUUUCAAGCUUCUUCCCUCACUACAUGAGGCAGACCGGAAUUGUGCCUCUGAUGCAAACUUGGUGAACAGCAUCCUCACCGACGCUGCUACUGCCCUGACCAAUGAGUUCACUAGAAGCUUACAGGAAUUGGCUCAAGACCUGAUGAGACAUGCAGAGGUAGUGUGCCCACAGGUGGUCCAGCGUUCCAGUGUGUGCGAGUGUCUGCUAGAAUGUGUGUCAAAAAGAAGCAGACAGGCGCACAUCUUCAUGAAAAGCACUCUGGUGGAAGACGCGGGCCAUAUCAUCAGCAGCAGACUGCGUGAAGUGAGACAAACACUGAGUGUCACUCUGGCUGAAAGCAUUGCAAAACAGAUGGUCCAGGACCUGACAGUGGCACAGGACAAAAUGGAUUGCCUGAUGAAAGAGCAUUUAUGCAAUACUCAGACAAUCGCCAUCCCAGAGCUGCGACUGGUCGACAGUGAAUUCCCAACUGAUGAUUAUAGCCCAGCAUUUUGGAGGAAUGGUUUGCACUCCACAAGCCUGAGGCCCGCCCCUUCAAUUAAGAGUCUCCUGGAUGCAGACUGGGAGCAGCAGACCAGGGACAUGGAGGCAGAGAGAGGUGGGGGAGGAUUCGCUGGCGAGGAGGACGGAGGAGGAGGAGGAAGGUGUGGCCUUCCUUGGUUGCUGCCAGCAACCCCACUGUCACUCACAACCCCAGACCCCUCCCCCUCCACUUCCCCGUCCCCCUCCCCUUCCCCGUCCCCCUCCCCCUUAGGACAGAGGGGGAGGAGGCGGAGGGAGCGGGAGGUGGCGGCGGUGGAUGCUGCAGAAGCAAUAUCAGGAGCGAGAGGAGCAUCAUUCAUUCCUCCUCCCAGCCUCCCCCUCCUCUACUCCGUCCCCGCUCGCGCUCCAAACGAGGGGGCAGCCGGCCGCGGAGGCUUACACCGACGAGAGACUCCCUUCCCCGGCUGCGGCCUCAGCCCAGGCCACCUCCCCGGCUCUGGAUCUUCCGUUUCUCCCAUGGAGCCUCUACCCACCCAGGGACAGACUCUAAGGCACUACACUGCCUCCCGACCACGGCCACGACGCACACACACACAGCCUCCCUCAUCCAGGCCUCAGGAGCCAGUGUCAAAGGUAGAGAAUGAGGCUAGCGAGGUGAUGGGCAGAGUGGAUGAAGGAGUAGAGGAGUUCUUCACCAAGAAAAUCAUCGCUGACUAUGCACUAAAAGGCCGGUGGGAGGAGUCACACCCUGCCCAAGCCACUCCCUCAGCAUCAAGCUCCACCCCUUCAGCCUCUACCCCCUUUUCCUCCUCGUCUGACAUUAUCACCUCCUCUACCACUACCACUGUCACCUGUCCCUCUAUUGCAUCUACUGACACAUCCUUUGCAUCCAAUGAUGUUCCACCCCUCUUGACAUCUUCCCUUCCCCCUACCUCCUCUUCUGUCACCACCACUACCACCACAUUUCCCACCAAAAAUAUCAAGAAAAAGUUUGGUGACUUCUUCGCCUUCAAGAGGGCUCGACCUGGCCGUGCCACCAAGGCAGGCGGGGGAGAGGGAGGAGGAGGAGAGGGAGUGAAGGUCAAAAGGACCUCCAUUGCAGACCUCAUUCGACCCCUCCGUGAGGCCAAAGAAAGGGAGAGAGAGAGGGAGAGGGACAAGGAGAAAGAGAAGGAGAGAGGGGGAAGGUCAGUGGAGGAUGCUAACAUUUCUAAUGAUGCCACCACCACAGAAGGAACCAUUGCCACCAGCGACCAUCUUGCGGGCAAUGUGAGGGAAAAGAUGCCAUCUGCCAAGACAUUAACCACGUUGACACCGCCCAGUGAAAAUGCUCAGCCUCAUCCCUCCAUCACCACCAGCCCUGACCUCACCACUGCUAUGCUCUCCAGCCUGGAUGAAGACCUAGUUCCUGUCUUACCAGGUCGCACCCCUCGUCCUGAGAUCAGUUCCCCUCUAAGUGACCAGAAGAUGCAGUUAGGAGGAACUCCAUAUGGAGAAAGGAGACUGAAGGUGACCAAGAGGUCACUGAGAGAGGGGAAGAGCCAGAGUCUCAUCCUGCUGACGGGAUUAGAGCCUGAAGACAAGGAUAGCACACCUAGUAAGAAACAUGCAUCUGAGAGCACAUCUAGUUUUGAACAGAGGCUUCAGGUGAUGCUGCACAGAAUGGGCGUGGCCAAAACUUCACCUGCCGAAACCAAGAUGUGCCAGAAUAAAGACGAAGAGCUGAGGAAGGCCAACUCUGAAGGAGCUAUUCUGGACAAACCUGAACCACCUGCCACAUACAUGAAGCCCAGAACCAUGUCCACUUCAUCAGCUGACCCCCGGCAUCCUAUGACAGCACUGGACCCCAUUCGACCAGAGCCUCUCCUUUUAACAAAGCCCGCCAUCCCUGAGCGCCCUAUGGUCCCCCUGCCAUCAUCAAAGCCUGCCAUCGCAGCCAAACCUCACCUCCCCACACCAGCUGUUCCUGUAGAAGGAGGUGCUCGUCCUUCUUCUGCUCCUCCUACCAGCAGCUCAACAGAGCAAGCCCUGCUCAGAGCACACACUCACGAUGGUCGGCCAUCGGAGACUACAGCACAGAAUGGAAGUCUGGAGGGUCCUCGGGGUGCAGCUCCCACCAUAUCCCCCAGGAAAGAGCUUCUUCCUUCAGCCCCAUCUCAAUGGAGGGGUCCAAGUGCACAGGCCCGAGCCGAGAAAGCACAAUCAGUGACUGAUGAAAGUCUACCGAAGCCACGCCAGCACAUUAAGUCCAUUCCACAACGCAGAGCUGUGUCUGUCCACGAGGAUGCUCUGUCCAUCACACAAGAGCUGAAGGCGGUGUUACAGAGGUCACCCAUCCGUUUCCGGGGCAACAAAUGGGACCUGCCCUCCUGCACUGAAGAUCCAUCCAGUGGUGAGGAAGCACAAAGUACACACACCAGUGACAAAAGGAAACAGACGGAUGAUGAUGAAAAGAAGCACACUGUCCAGAAGGAGGAGCUCGAGGCAGAGAGAGGAAGAACCUGCUGUGGAGGUACAUCUGAAACCAAGCACCAUCUUCCAGGAAAAGAAGAAGGUCCAGCCUCAGGUUGUCCCUCCUCUACAGCUCAAGCUCAACAAGAAGGUCAGCAAGAAGCAGCAGCACUGCAACCUUGCAGUCACGCAGCAGCGUUUGAUAAAGCUCUGUGUGACCGUGAGAGUCCUCCAGCACGAACCCAUACCCUGGAAAAGUCCCCUACCACCCCCACAUCCCAGAAAAAGAGCCCAAGCAUAGUCACAGCAUUGCCCCAAGCUCUAGAAAAAUGCCCGAUCUCCCCACGCCCCCCAAAAAAGUCCCCCAGCACAAUCCCAGUUGCGCCUGCAUCCUCAGAUAUCUCCCAAGUGAGUCCUCUGUCCCACCAGAGGAGCUCCGGCACACUGCAACCUAGUAUGGAUAUGAGAACCAGCACACAGGAGAGAGGAGAAGCCGUCGCUAAAGAUUACACGAUGAGGAAAGAGCCACCAGACCAAAGAACUGAGCCCCCGCCGUCUGAAUAACACACAGAGACCAACUUACCGAGGGAGAAAAAGCGCACCUGGCAGAGACAGGAGGGGAGGAUCUGUGACACACCGCUGGACUGGGAUGGUCUGAGGUCAAAGAGUAGCGUGAAUGUUCUGCUUUCAUGUGGAUGACUGCUCUCAUGUCAGGGUGUUCUCUUUGUCUGAGAACUAAAUACACAGCACACAUAAUUGGUAUGUUUUUUUAUUGUCUGUUAGCUUGUGUACAGUUUUAAGUAAUACAUUUUUUUUAUUAUUAUUUCUGAGUUGAUAAGGAGGGACCAUUCUGAUUUAGAGUGUGUGAGGCUUGCAAUAUUUGUAUGAAUUUGACAGCUUUUUUGUGCUUAUUUUCCCUAAAAAGCAAAUAACCCUAACUGUCAAAAAAUGGCCAUUAACUUCAUCCUGUCAUUUUGCUAGGGACUCACUAUUUUUCCCCUUACUGUGUGUUUGCGUUGAGCAGUAUGCAACUAUGUCACCUCCAAAAAUCCUUCUGCAUUCAAUCGGAACACAUAUUUAAGACUACUUGUUAGUACGAGCUUGUAAUGGGACACAGCGAACAUGAGUUUAAACAUGGAGUAUGUGCGUCUAAUUCAAUGCCUUUUUUUUCAAAUUCUGUGCAUAUCCCCUAAUGCUGUCUAUUUUGUGUGUGUACGGGAAAACAUUUUGGUGUUAAGGAAGCAAACAAAGCGGCUUGACUUGAUCCACAUAACACUAUUGCAGCAUAUCUUGAGCAUGCACAUUUCAGGGGGACUGUGGUGUGGUGCGCUCCUCUGUCUUCUUUUGCACUGUGCCACCUGAAUAUGAAGUAAAUUCCAAAUGAAGACAACAGAAUCAGUAGCUGCAGUGAAUUAGCGCUGUGGCUGCAGAGUGUUUGAAACGAGCCAGUGAAGAAACAGAGCUCAGUUAAGGUGGCGCAGUGCGAAAGAAGUGGAAGGAACCAGCCACGACAUGGUCAAAGACUGCAACAAUACGCCAUUCUACACAUUUUCCUUCAUGUCUGCCAAAGAAACCACAUGACUCAGUCCUAUCCCUCUAUUCUGUUAAAGCUGGUUUUCCCAGUUUCAGUUUAUCUAAAAACAGUUACUCAGAAUAUUAUUGGACGUCAAUUCAUUAGGCAAAAGAAAAGAUUUACGUUACUUCUGCAAAUUAUCAAAUUCUGACAUAAUUUGCAUUAAUACCAAUAAAAUGUCUCUAAUGGAAAGAGUAGGAGCAGAGGGAUAGUAAAUCUGGUACGUUUGCUAUGAAAGUUUUCUCACUAGCUAAAUAUUAGCAAUGUUUCUCCCUAAUCAGAGACUCCGCCUUCAGCGAGUAAACUGACAUGAGCAUCAGCUGGGUGGUUUUGAAAACGUUUUUCCAUGACAGGAUGACUUAUGAACAGCACAAUGACAAGUGUACUUUAACAACACACGUCAAGCACACAUUUUUAUCACCUACUCAAACAUGUCCUUUUGAUUUGAAAUGGGAUUUCAAGACCUGUGAUUGAGUUUAAGGCUAGAAUUUCUAUUACAUCAGAGUUUGUAUCUUUUCAUCUUGCAUUCUUGAUUUUUUCCCCCCCCUUUCUGGAAGAUCACAAUGUUGACGGAGAAAGCCUCCUUAAAUACCUUCAAGUCAGUCACACUCAUCUGUUUUGGAACAUGUUGAGCAAUUAAUUAUUUUGCAACAUACAAAUAAGUAAGUACACCUCAGUGAAUAACCUCUAAAUGUUGAAUGAUUUAAAAUUGUAUCACCUUACAGCAUUGCAUUUGUUCAAAAGGAAGAGGGAGGGUUAUUUUUAAUUAUAUCAAAUAUACCCUCAGUAGAAACUCCAUAGAUUUCAGCACAGUACACAUGUGAUUACUGAGAUUCAUUUUAAAAAUUUUCUUUAGUGCUUUGUAUGAAUAAGGGCUGCACAGUGGAUUGGUGGUGAGCACUUUCGCCUUGCAGCUAGGAGAUCCCCGGUUUGCAUCCCAGCCCUCCUGGGAUCUUUCUGCAUGGAGUUUGCAUGUUCUCCCUGUGCAUGUGUGGGUUUUCUCUGGGUUCUCCGGCUUCCUCCCACAGUCCAAAAACAUGCUGAGGUUAAUUGGUGAUUCUAAAUUGUCCAUAGCUGUGAAUGUGAGUGUGAUUGUGUGUCUCUAUAUGUAGCGCUGUGACAGACUGGUGACGUGGCCAUGGUGUCCCCUGCCUUCACCCAAAGUCAGCUCAGUCAGAUUCCAACCCCACUGCGACCCUAAUGAGGAUUAAGCAGUGACUAGAUAAUGGAUGGAUAAAUGGACUUUGUGUGAACACCUUUAUUUUUUAUAACAUAACAGAUACAACAUAAUAGACUCAAUUCCGUCUCAGUUUGGAGGAUUUAAGAAAUCUCUGGAGAGAUGGUCAAAUUUUGUUUUUUUCAUUGGUUUUCUUGCAACUGGUUGUGUGUCACUACCUUUUUCUUUAAAACACCACAGAGGGGUUUUAUUGGACUCAAGUCAGGCAACAAACUUGGCCAGAUAAUAGUUGUCACUUUUUUCUUCUGUUGAAACUCUCGUGUGAUAUUGGCAGAAUCCUUAAAAAUACAAUAAAUGAAACAAAUAUUCCUCCUUUGCCAAGAUUCUGGAGACUUAAGGUCAUCUUGUCAGCCAGUAUUUAUGGUCUAUCCACAGGCUUUCAUGGUUCAUCUGUAACUGUGAAGCUCUCCAUUUCUUUUGCCCUCAUGUACCCUCUUAUAAUCACACUCCCACCUCCGUGCUUCACUGUCAGGACAGUGCAUUCACUGUCAUAGUACUGGCCAGAGUGACACAAGGCAUGCUGGACCCCAUUGUAGCAGAACAAGUUCAUCUUGAUCUGACCAAACAUAUUUCUUUCAAUAUACACCAAAUUUCCUUCCACAUUCUUUAACAAAGUCUAAUCUUUCAAUUUUUUUGCUAAAGAGCAGACCAGGUGUUUGAGAACAUGCAAUGUUCUUUACACUGUCUAGGCUGUCAAAGAAACUGAUUGCCAUUGAUAACCACCGAGUCUAUAGCACUUGUCUAUUUGGUUUUCAUAGCUUGGUUGUGCAAAUGGUAACCACUGUGGCUUUGAUAAGGGUUGCUAUGACUCAUUAUACACCUGAUUACUACUACAACUGUGUUUUGACUGAUUUUUAGUUGGUUACCAAUCUUCUUGGUUUCUUUUCCAUCAUUGUGAAGUCUUAGAUUUUUCAGUUCUUCCACAAAUUGGAGAUGUAUACAUGACAUGAUGCACUCACAGUCCACGGUUAAGAAAGUUCUGGUGUUCACAGGGGGUUUUAUAAUCAUGUUCAUGCACCAAUGCUAAUUGGAAAUCACAGGUGUGCUAAAUUUAUUUCAGUGAUCACAGGUUUUCUAACUUGUGUGUCAGAAAUCACAGGUGGAUUCCCUUUCGUUUUCCUUUCAGUAUAGUCUUUUAUAUGGGGAAAUACUCUACUUGUCAACUCUGAAAUCUUGAAAUGGCUGAGAGGUUACACAAUCUGAAGGAUUUGAUAUCUAAGUGACUCAAUUUUGUUGAAUAAUGCAACUACUUACUAAUACAAAUGAAUUCCAGCAGUUUAACAAAUGUCUAGUAAUUAAUUUUCCUUAUUUCUUUUCAGUAAAUGUCAGUGUAAUUUAUAAAUAUCAGGAAAAGAAAGACGGUGCUCAUUGAAAUAAUAUUAUUUUUAAUUACUUCAGCAGCGUAUGGGAAUUGCUCAUCAGGUCAAUAAAUCCACUUGUCAGUUUAUUAUUUUUACAUAUAAAAAAUUGAGCACAAUUCCCUUGCUUUAUAUUCUUACUACAGAGAAGUAGAACAACAUCUUGGAAACAAUCAAUUAUAUUUCCAGAAAUUUCUAAAAAUGUUACAAUGAAGAUGCAUUUCUUGUUCAAUGUUCAUAGAGUCCUAUCAUACCAUCUAUAUGGGAAGGUUUUCAGUUUAUGGAUAUCUUUUUACCUUGUUGGCACAUUGCAGAAUCUUCAGCCUGAUACGUGCUCUUCAUGUUUUUGCAUAUUUCUGUGGGACUAUGUGACAGUGAAAUCAAUUCAGGACAGUCGUUCCAUUAGACAACUAUGUAUGUAAUUAUAUCAUAGAAGGACCUUAUCAGAUAGUGUGCGAGAUGAACAGAAGAACUUGAAUAUCCAGUCUAUCAAAUUCUCAGGUUGGUUGCAGAGAAUGGUGUGUAUUUUUGCAAGAGCAGGCCUUAGUUCAUCUCUCUGGGUGGUCGGUGGUCUGGGCCUAUGUCUUUUCCUGGAGGCGAGUUUAUUUUCUACUGUCAUGUUUAUCUUUGCCUUGCACGCACAGAAUAUGUACAAAACUACAUAAAGCAUACAAAAACAAAAUGAUGAAUAGAGUGUAAAUCCAAACCUAUACUUGUUAAUAACUAUUAAAAGUUAAUUGAGUUGUGUCAUAA